AUGGCAAAAGGCAAGAAUAAGUGCCAAGAACCAAGAAGCCGCUCACAUAAAGGGGCAAAUGGGCAUAGCUCAAGAACGAAUAAUAAACGAAUGGAAGUAAAACAUAUAGACUCUAAAGGCAGAAACUUUCCUGCUAAAUUAGCCAUGUGGGACUUUGAUCAUUGCGAUCCUAAGAGAUGUAGUGGUAAAAAACUGGAAAGGUUAGGUUUAAUCAAAUCUCUGCGUGUUGGGCAAAAGUUUCAAGGUAUCGUUGUUUCUCCUAAUGGAAAAACCGUUGUAUGUCCAGAUGAUAAAACAAUUGUAGAAGAAAACGGUGCUUCAGUGGUUGAAUGCUCUUGGGCUCGUUUAGAUGAAGUACCUUUUAGUAAGAUUGGUGGUAAACAUGAAAGACUGCUACCGUACUUGGUUGCUGCUAACCAAGUAAAUUAUGGAAGACCUUGGAGACUAAACUGUGUUGAAGCGUUGGCGGCCUGUUUUGCCAUUGUGGGACGGAUGGACUGGGCGACUGAAUUACUGUCUAACUUCUCAUGGGGCUUAGGAUUUCUAGAGUUAAAUAAAGAAUUGCUAGAAGUUUAUCAACAGUGCACGGACCAUAAAUCUGUGAAGGCUGCUGAAGAGUCAUGGUUGAAGAAGAUUGAAGAUGAAGCUCAAGAGAGAAAGAAACAAGCACAAGAAACUGAUAUAUGGAUGAUGGGUAAUACAAACAGACGAACUAACUCUUCAAAUAACUCUUCAGAUUAUGAACACAGCCAAACUGAUGAGGAAUUAUCAGAUCAUUCGCACUAUAGUAAUGAUAACCUAUCCGAAGUCACAGAUAGAACCGUUGGGGAUGACCAGCAUUAUUUAAGGGAAAACGACAGUUUGGAUCAAAAACUUUCGAACUUUAAAAUAGAUAAUAUUUCUGGUUAA